AUGAAAUUUCAGCAGAUCAGGCAUGCUUGCGUCAUAAUUACAUUUGCAGGAAAGAGAAUCCUUGUUGAUCCAUGGCUAGAACCAAAGGAUACUUUCCCUGGAUUGCCAUUUGCUGCAGAUCCAAAUCAAAGAUCUCCAAUUCAUGAAUUACCAAUGCCAGUUGAAGAGAUUGUCAAAGUCGAUGCAUUGAUUGUUACUCAUAUGCACUUCGAUCACUUCACAGAAUAUUCUGCAAACUUGAUUCCAAAAUCAAUCCCAGUCUUUUCACAAGACGAAGAAGAAGCAGAACAAAUAAGAAAAUGGGGCUUCAAUGAUGUCCGCUUAUUUACAGAAAAUGGAACUAAAUACGAAGACAUCACCAUCACAAGAACAGACUGCGACCACGGUCCAGAUGAAUUCUUCAAUGCAAUUCAAUUGAAGAAGAAAGCUUCUGGUUUUGUUUUGAAAUCUCCAAAGGAAGAGAAGACAUUUUACAGUUCAGGUGACACACUUUAUGUCGAUUGCGUCAAAGAUGCUCUUAAGAAGUUCAACCCAGAUGUUGUCGUUGUCAACGCUUGCCACGGAAAGACACCAUAUGGAUACAUUCUUAUGGGCCUUGAAGAAGUCGAGCAGCUUCACAACGACAUUCCACACGCAAAGAUUAUUGCUUCUCACUUGGAUGAAAUUACACAUUCAACAGUCUUCCGCAGCGACACAAGAAAAUUUGUCGCAGAACACCAUCUCGAAGAUGUUAUCUCCAUUCCAAAUGAUGGCGAAACACUUGAAUAUUAA